AUGCACAGCAUCCAGAGGCAGAACCAGAAGCCGAAGCAGAAACAGCAGGCAGUCGAUGCCAAUCCGCAGCAGCAACAGCAGCUGGUCCAGCAGCAGCAACAACUCCAGGCGCCACGUUUCACCACGCACCCAUCGUCAUCGGGCUCGAUUGUGAGCGAAGGCAGCACCAAGAUCCUGCAGUGCCAUGCUUUGGGCUACCCACAGCCCACAUAUCGCUGGCUGAAGGACGGCAAGCCCGUGGGCGAUUUUUCAUCGAGCCAGUUCUAUCGGUUCCACAGCACACGGCGCGAGGAUGCGGGAAGCUAUCAGUGCAUUGCCAAGAACGACGCCGGAUCCAUAUUCAGCGAGAAGAGCGACGUUGUAGUGGCCUACAUGGGUAUCUUUGAGAACGUCACCGAGGGCCGGCUAACUGUCGUGAGCGGACAUCCGGCCAUCUUCGACAUGCCGGCCAUUGAGUCGGUGCCCACGCCAUCGGUUCUGUGGCAGUCGGCGGACGGGUCUCUCAACUACGACAUCAAGUACGCCUUCACCCAGGCGAACCAGCUGAUUAUCCUGAGCGUGGACGAGAACGACCGGAAGGGCUACCGAGCGCGGGCGAUCAACACGCAGCUGGGCAAGGAGGAGAUCAGCGCGUUCGUGCACCUCAACGUCAGUGGUGACCCCUACAUCGAGGUGGCGCCCGAGAUUAUUGUUCGGCCGCAGGAUGUCAAGGUGAAGACCGGCACCGGCGUCCUCGAGCUGCAGUGCAUCGCCAACGCCCGACCCCUGCACGAGCUGGAGACGAUUUGGCUGAAGGACGGUCUGGCCGUGGACACGGCCGGGGUCCGGCACACCCUCAACGAUCCCUGGAACCGCACCCUGGCCCUCCUGCAGGCCAACAGCUCCCACUCCGGCGAGUACACCUGCCAGGUACGUCUGCGCAGCGGCGGCUAUCCAACGGUCAGCGCCUCGGCCCGCGUCCAAAUCCUCGAGCCCCCGGUCUUCUUCACGCCCAUGCGAGCGGAAACCUUUGGCGAAUUUGGCGGCCAGGUGCAGCUGCCCUGCGAUGUGGUGGGAGAGCCGACGCCCCAAGUUGAGUGGUUCCGGAAUGCAGAGUCCGUCGAGGCGAAUGUACAAAGCGGAAGAUACUCCCUGGGAGAGGACAACACGCUGAUAAUUAAGAAACUAAUCCUGGACGAUGCGGCCAUGUUUCAGUGCCUGGCCAGAAACGAGGCCGGCGAGAACUCUGCCAGCACCUGGCUGCGCGUGAAAACAGAAGCAGCCAACAGCCGCAUCAAGCGCUUGGCCCAGCCACGAAUCCUAAGAGUAAGAGCUUCGCAUGGUGGUUCGGGAUCGGUCGCGGGAUCGGGAUCGGUAGCGGGAUCAGGACCUGGUUCCUCCACCAACUCCCAUCAGCUGGGUAGACGCAAGCAGUUUCGCUUUGCCUCAGCGCCCGUAUUUGAGCAGCCGCCCCAGAACGUGACCGCCCUGGAUGGGAAGGAUGCAACGAUCUCAUGCCGGGCCAUUGGCUCGCCCAAUCCCAACGUCACCUGGAUCUACAAUGAAACCCAACUGGUUGAGAUAUCCAGUCGCGUUCAGAUACUCGAAUCGGGUGAUUUACUUAUUUCGAAUAUCCGGCCCUCGGACGCGGGCCUCUACAUCUGUGUGCGGGCCAACGAGGCGGGCAGCGUCAAGGGCGAGGCCUUACUGAGCGUGUUAGUGCGGACACAAAUCAUACAGCCGCCAGUGGACACCAUCGUGCUCCUGGGCCUGACCGCGACACUGCAGUGCAAGGUGUCCAGCGACCCGAGCGUGCCGUACAACAUCGACUGGUACCGAGAGGGCCAAAUGGCGCCCAUCAGCAACUCGCAGCGGAUCGGAGUGCAGGCGGACGGGCAGCUGGAGAUCCAGGCGGUGCGGGCCAGCGACGUGGGCAGCUAUUCGUGCGUGGUUACAUCGCCGGGCGGCAACGAGACACGGGCGGCCCGGCUCAGUGUCAUCGAGCUGCCCUUCCCGCCCAGCAACGUGAGGGUGGAACGUCUGCCGGAGCCGCAGCAGCGCAGCAUCAAUGUGUCCUGGACGCCCGGAUUCGAUGGCAACAGUCCAAUCUCCAAAUUUAUUAUCCAGCGACGUGAGGUCUCCGAAUUGGGUCCAGUUCCAGAUCCCCUUCUCAAUUGGAUCACCGAACUGAGCAACGUCUCGGCCAACCAGCGCUGGAUACUGCUGGAGAACCUCAAGGCGGCCACCGUCUACCAGUUCCGCGUCAGUGCCAUCAAUCGCGUCGGCGAGGGCUCCCCCUCGGAGCCCAGCAACGUCGUUGAGCUGCCCCAGGAAGCUCCGUCGGGCCCGCCUGUAGGCUUUGUGGGCUCCGCACGGUCCAUGUCUGAGAUUAUCACACAGUGGCAGCCGCCGCAGGAGGAGCACCGAAACGGACAGAUCCUGGGCUACAUUCUGCGCUACCGGCUCUUUGGGUACAACAACGUGCCCUGGUCCUACCAGAAUAUCACCAACGAGGCGCAGCGUAACUUCCUCAUCCAAGAGCUGAUCACGUGGAAGGACUAUAUCGUCCAGAUUGCCGCCUUCAACAACAUGGGCGUGGGCGUCUACACCGAAGGGGCCAAGAUCAAGACCAAGGAGGGUGUGCCCGAGGCACCGCCCACCAACGUCCAGGUGAAGGCCAUCAACUCGACGGCGGCACAGAUCACGUGGAAGCCACCGAACCCCCAGCAGAUCAACGGAAUCAACCAGGGCUACAAGAUCCAGGCGUGGCAGCGACGGCACGUCGAUGGAGAGGAGCGCGACAUAGAGCGACGCAUGAUGACGGUACCGCCCAGCCUUAUCGAUCCCCUGGCCGAACAGUCGACGGUUCUCGGCGGGCUGGACAAGUUCGCCAAGUUCAAUGUGACCGUCCUCUGCUUCACCGAUCCCGGCGACGGUGUGGCCAGCCAAAUGAUGCCGGUGGAGACCCUGGACGAUGUGCCCGAUGAGAUAACGGCCCUGCACUUUGACGACGUCUCCGAUCGGUCCGUCAAGGUGCUCUGGGCACCGCCGCGCUUCGCCAACGGCGUACUCACCGGCUAUACGGUACGCUACCAGGUCAAGGAUCACCCAGAGACCAUGAAGUCCUUCAACCUGACUGCCGAUGACAACGAGCUGACGGUGAACCAACUGCAGGCGACGACCCACUACUGGUUCGAGGUCUGCGCUUGGACGCGGGUGGGCAGCGGACCGCCCAAAACGGCCACGAUCCAGUCGGGGGUGGAGCCAGUGUUGCCGCAUGCGCCCACCACCCUGGCCCUGUCCAACAUCGAGGCGUUCUCGGUGGUGCUGCAGUUUACGCCCGGUUUUGACGGCAAUUCGAGCAUCACCAAGUGGAAGGUGGAGGCGCAGACCGCGCGCAACAUGACCUGGUUUACCAUCUGCGAGAUCAGCGAUCCCGAUGCGGAGACCCUCACCGUGACCGGCCUGAUGCCCUUCACCCAGUACCGCCUGCGGCUGAGCGCCACCAAUGUGGUGGGCAGCUCUCGGCCUUCGGACCCCACCAAGGACUUUCAGACGAUCCAGGCCAAGCCGAUGCAUGCGCCCUUCAAUGUCACCGUCCGCGCGAUGAGCGCUCUGCAGCUCCGCGUACGCUGGAUACCCCUGCAGCAGAUGGAGUGGUUCGGCAAUCCACGCGGCUACAACGUCACCUACCGCCAAAUGGAGCGCACGGGAAAGCCCUCCAAGCACCCACCACGCUCUGUGAUGAUCGAGGAUCACACGGCCAACUCGCAUGUGCUGGAAGGCCUCGAGGAGUGGACCCUCUACGAGGUGAUCAUGAACGCCUGUAAUGACGUGGGCUGCUCCCUGGACAGCGGCCUGGCCAUGGAGCGCACCAGGGAAGCCGUACCCAGCUACGGCCCGCUGCAUGUGGAGGCCAACGCCACCUCCUCCACGACGGUGGUGGUGCGUUGGGGCGAAAUACCGCCCCACCAUCGCAAUGGCCAGAUCGACGGGUACAAGGUGUACUACGCGGCCACCGAGCGCGGCAUGCAGGUGUUGUACAAGACGAUACCCAACAACAGUUCGUUCACCACCACCCUCACAGAGUUGCAGAAAUUUGUGGUGUACCACGUCCAGGUACUGGCGUACACGAGGCUCGGCAACGGAGCCCUCAGCACGCCUCCCAUUAGAGUGCAGACGUUCGAGGACACCCCCGGAUCCCCGUCCAACGUGAGCUUCCCGGAUGUGACCUUUUCGAUGGCACGCAUCAUCUGGGACGUGCCCAUGGACCCCAACGGCGAGAUCCUGGCCUACCAGGUCACCUACACUCUCAACGGCAGUGCCAAUCUUAACUACAGCCGCGAGUUCCCGCCCUCGGACCGCACGUUCAGGGCCACCGGUCUGAUGCCUGAGCGCUACUACAGCUUCAGCGUCACGGCCCAGACACGCCUCGGAUGGGGGAAGACGGCCUCGGUGCUGGUGUACACCACCAACAACAGGGACCGUCCGCAGGCACCGUCCGGGCCGCAGGUGUCGCGCAGCCAGAUCCAGGCCCAUCAGAUCACCUUCAACUGGACACCGGGCCGCGACGGGUUUGCCCCGCUGCGAUACUACACGGUGGAGAUGCGGGAGAACGAGGGCCGCUGGCAGCCGCUGCCCGAGCGCGUCGAUCCCACCCUGAGCUCGUACACGGCCCUUGGUCUGCGUCCGUACACCACCUACCAGUUCCGCAUUCAGGCCACCAACGAUCUGGGACCAUCGGCGUUCAGCCGAGAGAGCAUUGUGGUGCGCACCCUGCCCGCCGCCCCUGCGGUGGGUGUAGGCGGACUCAAGGUGGUGCCCAUCACGACCACCUCGGUAAGAGUGCAGUGGGGGGCGUUGGAGACGGGCAUGUGGAACGGAGAUGCGGCCACCGGGGGAUACCGGAUACUGUACCAGCAGCUGUCCGACUUCGCCCCGGCACUGCAGUCGACCCCAAAGACCGACGUUAUGGGCAUUAAUGAAAACAGCGUGGUGCUAUCCGAUCUGCAGCAGGAUCGCAACUACGAGAUCGUAGUGCUGCCAUUCAAUUCGCAAGGCCCGGGCCCGGCCACGCCACCAACCGCAGUGUACGUGGGCGAGGCGGUGCCCACUGGCGAGCCGCGAGGUGUGGAUGCAACGGCCAUAUCCAGCACGGAGGUGCGUCUGCGGUGGAAGCCACCGAAGCAGAGCAGCCAGAAUGGAGAGAUUCUGGGCUACAAGAUAUUCUAUUUGGUCACUUGGUCGCCGCAGGCCCUCGAGCCGGGCCGCAAAUUCGAGGAGGAGAUCGAGGUGGUCUCGGCCACCGCCACAUCGCAUAGCCUGGUCUUCCUGGACAAGUUCACCGAGUACCGCAUCCAGUUGCUGGCCUUCAAUCCGGCCGGAGACGGGCCGAGGUCCGCUCCCGUCACGGUCAAGACGAUGCCGGGCGUGCCCAGUGCCCCGCUCAAUCUGCGCUUUUCGGACAUCACAAUGCAGAGUCUGGAGGUGACCUGGGACCCACCCAAGCUCCUCAAUGGCGAGAUUGUUGGCUAUCUGGUCACCUACGAGACCACCGAGGAGAAUGAAAAGUUCAGCAAGCAGGUGAAGCAGAAGGUGUCCAACACCACGCUCCGUGUGCAGAAUCUUGAGGAGGAGGUCACCUAUACCUUCACUGUACGCGCCCAGACGAAUGACUAUGGACCGGCAGUAAGCGCGAAUGUGACCACUGGCCCCCAGGACGGCUCCCCGGUGGCCCCACGCGAUCUCACUCUCACGAAGACCCUGUCUAGCGUCGAGAUCCACUGGGUCAAUGGACCCUCGGGACGCGGCCCCAUCUUGGGCUAUCUCAUCGAGGCCAAGAAGCGGGACGACUCCCGCUGGACUAAGAUUGAGCAGUCCAGAAAGGGAACCAUGAAGGAGUUUACCGUCAGCUACCACAUCCUGAUGCCAUCGACGGCGUAUUUGUUCCGGGUAAUUGCUUACAAUAAGUAUGGAAUAUCGUUCCCUGUUUACUCGAAGGACUCGAUACUGACGCCCUCGAAGCUGCAUCUGGAAUACGGCUAUCUGCAGCACAAACCCUUCUACAGGCAGACCUGGUUCAUGGUCUCUCUGGCGGCCACCUCGAUCGUCAUCAUUGUCAUGGUCAUUGCUGUGCUCUGUGUGAAGAGCAAGAGCUACAAGUACAAGCAAGAGGCGCAAAAGACGCUGGAGGAGUCCAUGGCCAUGUCAAUUGAUGAACGCCAGGAGCUGGCUUUAGAGCUGUAUCGUUCGCGUCACGGAGUCGGCACCGGCACCCUGAACAGCGUUGGAACUUUGCGCAGCGGAACCCUGGGAACCCUCGGACGUAAGUCUACCAACCGACACCAGCCUGUGAGUGUGCAUUUGGGUAAGAGUCCACCACGACCCUCGCCCGCAUCGGUGGCGUACCACAGCGAUGAGGAGAGCCUGAAGUGCUACGACGAGAAUCCCGACGACAGCAGUGUUACGGAAAAGCCAUCCGAGGUGAGCAGCUCGGAGGCAUCCCAGCACUCUGAGAGCGAGAAUGAGAGCGUGAGGAGCGAUCCGCACUCGUUCGUCAAUCACUAUGCGAAUGUGAAUGACUCGCUGCGGCAGUCCUGGAAGAAGACCAAGCCGGUGCGCAACUACUCGAGCUACACAGACUCCGAGCCGGAGGGCAGUGCAGUGAUGAGCCUCAAUGGUGGCCAGAUUAUUGUCAAUAAUAUGGCCAGAUCGAGGGCACCACUGCCCGGCUUCUCGUCAUUUGUCUGACAAUCAACCGAAUUCUAAGAUCUAUGCCGUGGUAGCAGCAGCACCGUCAUCCGGGAGACUUUUGUCUGAGUUGGAAACGAUAACGGAAAAUGGAAAACGGAGGCUGAAGCCGACCCGGAGCUGGCGUUGCAGUGGGAGCGUUCUAAGAAGUUGGACACGGAGCUGUGGACGAUGAUGCGAGCGGGCUAAUCACACAACAAAAAAUACAAAAUCGGACACUGCCCCCUGGCCUGCCUGCAGCUGCUGUUUGGCUCUGCGACUCCCGCUGGUCUUUUCGUUUUCCGGCGAGGCGCUGCUACAUGGAUAGCUAUAGUUAUCUAUCUGUAUGUCCUUAGUUUUAGUUAUUAGUUACGAGAGAUCUGAGAUUUACCAGCAUUUAGUUUUAAAGUUUUUAAGUGUGUGUUCGUUCGUUCCCCAUGCAUCCCCUCAAGCAUGACUCUACUCUACGCUCUUUAAGUUAUUAUUUUUUUGGUAGUAGUAUUUUUUUUUAGUAUUUAUUCUGUUUGUGUGUCCGUUGCCACGUUGUCCCCUGGCACUAGCCACCGCAACUCUUGGCAUUUAUCGAAGGCGCAGGUCCUGUGAUAAAGCGACUCUCGCCCGAUCCAAUUUUAUAAAUGAUUUUCACGUGUGUUCAGCGCGUGGCACGGCACCUGUGUGGCUGAUGAAUGGUUCAGCGUGAAUGAUCUGCUCGCUUAGCCUUGCGCAAUCUCAUUAUGUUUAAACGAAAAUCGACAAACUCGCUUGAGGGUAAAUAUUUUUUUUUUUCGAAAGGAGUAGAUAGAGAAGUUUUUUUUAGAAGACGGCCACCGAUGCAAUCGGUUGGAGGAAAAGUUCUAGUAAAUGCUGAUGAGAAUGAGAAACAGGACGAGGAACAGUAGGAAAAAGGGCAAACAAAUAACAAAAAUACGCAUGCGAAAAC